UAUUGCUUUUCUUAGCGAGCUAACCUUAACCGGAUAUAAAUGGUGCUGUAUUAGCAUCACAUAGGCUGGCUAUACAGUUGCUGUCUUUUCGAUGAAGAAGUUUUUCUUUACGUUUCUGUAGCUUUUUUAAAGUAGGGGUAUGUUUACCGUCUUACUGUUGACCUCCUGACGCAUAGCUGGAGAAACACAAAGCAGCUGGAUAUCUUUUGUGUGGAGGAUGUCGUCACCAUUAUACUACAACCAGGACAGUGUAACCCGCUUCAAGAAAAGAAAGGCUCGAUUUUCAUUCAGUGAAGUCCACAUAUUGCUGGAUGAAGUGAGGAAGCAUAGAAUGGUUGUUGUGGGCAAAUUUAACCGUGGAGUGCCAACAGACACGAAGAAGCGUACAUGGGCAGAAAUUACUGCACGAGUCAAUGAGAUCGGGGAAUGCCAACGCGAAAUCAUUGAGGUCAUCAAGAAAUGGUCCGAUUUAAAGUGUGACACUAAGCGAAAAGUGGCUGCGAUGCGGUCAGGGACAGUGCCCAACAGAGGCCUUAACUCGCGCCUUUCCCGAGACCUUAAUCCAACAGAGAAAAUAGUACUCCAGAUUCUGGAGAUGGACGACGAGGACCAGAGCACCGGCGAUUUCAGUCCGCUGGGGGAUGAUGAUGAUGUCCCAGAAGAGGAAGAAGAAAUGGAAGAGGAGGAGAUGAUUGGAAUGCAAAGUUCUCCCAAUGGUGGGAUAGUAUUGGCAUCGAUGCCUCCCCCAACUUCCUACAGCGUGAGCGGACUUGCACAGUCAGGGGACUCGUCACAGCCUGCUUUCGAUAUGCAAUAUGAACUACCUACGACAGAAGAUACCGAAACGGCUUUUGGAGAUUCAGAUGAUGAACAAAGAGAAGAUGCCCUCUCUUCAACUCAGACAACAAGGCCAACAGAAUACCAUCAAAUUAACAACGGCCCCCCAAAACAAGCACAAUGUCAGACGUCUUCUGGACCAUCAGCUUCCAGCCCCGUGCUUCCAGCGCCAGGUCAGCCCCCGCAGAGCACCAGAGACGGCUUACUGCAAAACGCAUCGCUGAGCCUCCAGGAGCAGCACGCCACCAACAUUCUGCUGGAGACUGUUUCCCGCUCCCUGGAGCUUCUGUCCGAGUCCGUCCAGCAGCUGGCAGAGACUCAGCAGGAGUUCGUGCGCGAGUCGCUGCAGCUGCAGCGUGAGACAGUGCAGGUUCUCAGAGACUUCACAGGCGGAGCCAUCGCGCUCAUGCAUGACAAACUGAACGGCCGGCCGGCGUUAUAACGGCAGGCCCCGCCGAUAGUUGCAUCACUGACUUUGUAUAUGGUCCUUGCGAGCUGGAACACGUCAGUUCUGGUGGACAACGCCUCUGCUUACUGUACUUUUUGAUAGUACUAAACAAAUUUAAUGUGGUUGUGUUUUUAAAACUUUAUUGCUAGGUGGAAUUGCUGUCUGUGUGGUCACAUCAGAGUGAGGUGGAGAAAUAACAAUGCUAGCCAUAAAGAAUGUGGCGUGUUUUUAAUUUCUUUGCUACUGAAAGUGGGACUCCUACCACUUACUUUUUUUGCAAACAUCUUUUAAGCCUUUACAGUCUUUUAAUGUUGACAUUGUAAAGAAUGAGUUUUAAAUUUGGGAAUGUCUUGAAAUGUGUUUUUGUUUCCCUUGCAUCAGUGUCUGGAGAUUACCACGUGUACUGUAACGGUUGAGUGGACGUCUGCACCUGACCAUCAUAUGGUCCUUAUGUCUAAACUGAACAAGGUGUGUCAGAUCCAUUGAAAAUAACUGUAUGUGAAGAAGUUGUGUCUGAUCUUUGUUUUUUAUAUGAUAAAUAUGAACACUUGAAUAUAAACGUUUCACUGAGUUUUCAAUGUGGAAUAAGCCAUCGCGAAGUGAAGUGAAGCUCAUUUUCCUGCUGUGAGCCCUGGUGGACACACUGCGGCUGCACAUGCUGCAUUUUAAACAUGUUAAAUAUGUUUUGCUUGAUAGGUUAAAUGUUUUAAUUACAAGAAAAUGUGGGGAAACUUAAAACACCAGCGAUGGUUAAACGCAAUAAAAACAACAGCA